AUGGACCAUAAACAUCAAUUCUUAGAAAGCUGUCAGAAUCCUACAUCACUCAAUGCGACCACGUUGGAUGAUGAACUGACACUAGAUGAUGUCUUUUCCGAUAAUGAAACGAUAGCUGAAGCUGCUUCUGGCCAGGGCAUACCGAAAACGUCAACUCCAGCCAAGAAAAAUGCUGCAGGAACAGAUUCGCCGCGAAUGCAGGGAACUCGGACUCCAGAGAGGAGAGCAGAUGUGACUGAAAGUGCAACGAGGGAUGUAGAGGCAGGUGGGGCCGAGGGUGGGGCUAAGGAUGAGGUCAACCACCAAGUGUACCAAGUCCCGGAACCAGUCGCAUCGAUCUCACCUAUUGGCUUAAGAUAUUCCAGCUUUCAUUUAGCUUCAGGUGCUGGCGACCUCCGGAAUCCUGACAUCAUCCCUGCACGUUCUGAAGCAAUCGAGAUUCCUUCAGCUGCAUCUAGUUGGAGUUCAGAACUUAGCAGUGUUCUGCAUUCAGUAUCCCACAUCGCUGAAGGCCAUGAAAAGCUCAGCAAAGGGUAUCAUAGUCAUUGCGUCCGGAGCAACACACGUCACACUAAGUCUGUCGAGAAUAUGAGGUCACUCCGCGACUCUGUUAGCUCACAUGAAGAGGAGAUGAAGGCCUUCCAGUCCAUCGUGGCCGCCUUAAAGGAAGAUAUGCGAAAAUUGAAGGCGAAGGACCACUACACCUAUCAGAAAACGUCAUACCAUGUCAUCCCGUACGACGAUCUGAAGUAUGAACAGGCAUCGCAGAUACUACUUUCAACAGACGACAACCUACGAGCCGAACUCUUUCUGCUUGGCUUUGGUAGUGGGCACGGCACCCAUCUUUCGUUAAAGGUAACCGGAGACCUUCCAACACGGUGCCACUUUGAAGCUCGUGUUGUUAAUAGUUCCGAUGAUGAGGAAACGAGGAAGAAAUCCACUGAUUUUGAAGAAACCAGUGGUGCACACAUUGUGGAAUUUCCGAAGCUAAUAGAAAAAGAUGUGGUAGAAAACGAGGCCCUUGGGUACAAGAUGAAAGGCAUGCUCAAAAUUACUCUCAUUGUAUCUUGGGAUGAGGUAAUCACUCCUUAGAUUAAUUCAGUCGUAUGGAACAUUACUAUUUUCAAAACAGAAAUAUUUCGUUUUCACAUUAGGAAAAAUGAAUUGCUUCAUGUUUUCCUCAAAGGUUCCCAACUAUUCUGGUACAAUGCAACUCCUUUUGGUUUGGUCAGGAAAACGCAAAUAAUCUCAUAGCAAAUGUAAAUAUUUAAUUGGCAGUUCUAAACUCGCUCCAGACUAAUGUAAAUCUUUCUUCUGUCAUCAAAAAGGAGAAGAAAAAGAAGAAGAAGAAGAAGAAGAGAAGAAGAAGUUAAUAUUUGUACUGCCUCGUCAUGCACUCUUUAAAAUACGUUAAAAAGGGAAACUAACGGAAAUUUGUAGAAAAUUACUUACAUGACCAAAAUUGACAUUCUAUGGUCCAUAUUAGGCAGUUGACAGUUUUGCUUUGCAUACGAAUGUAAAUAGUCUCUUUGAAAAUGUAAAUUCUCACUAAUAAAGAAAAUGCCAAAUUCCUUCCUGCGCGCGUUAUUCCCACAGGGCAAAUCUUUUUUUUCAGAAAAUAUUUAUUCUAUUAAGGAAAUUGAAAUUAAUCUACGGGAAUAUCUGAUACAAAAUUGUGAAUGAAUUAUUUAUUAUUGAAUGAUUUAUGUAUGUAGCAAAUACCCAUUUUAGAUUGAAAGACAACGAAUUACAAUAAUGAUUUUGAUCAUGGUUAAUUAUUGUGGGUGAUGUAAUGGUUUGCACCUUUUUUGUAUAUUGGCCCUUUUUUCGUUAUGUCCUAAAGCAUUAUUUCACCUCAAUAAGUCUGUUGAAAAAUCAAAUUCAUAAUUAUUUUGGGAAAUAAGCUAGAAAUAGCUGUUUUCUAAACAAUUUUCUGAUUUUAAUGCAUUACUUCAUCAUUAAUAUCAUCUACAUGCAUGUAUUUUAUAACAAAGUAUCAUCAUUUAACUAAGGCUUAUAAACAAUAUAUUUGUAUGCCAAAUCAGGGACAUUUUAAAUAAAUUUUCUUAGAAUACCAACGAUUACAGACAAACUAAACCUUUUCGUCUUCCACUCAUGAGAGUAAAUCCUAAGAAUGGACAAAAAGCCAAAUCAGGCAAUAUAAACAGAAUAAAAAACAAACAAUCAAAGAGACUGGGAAAAAGAACGGGCUGUAAGACGAAAAGUUUCAAUAUGUUUGUCUUCGUUGGUUUCCUUCAAAUCGUUGUACUAAUCCUCUUUUUAAGUACUGCUUGGUUUAUUUCCAGCCACAAUAUUGACUAAAUUGGCGCUGACGAUAGGCUAGUUCUUAUUUUAUAUUGGGAAUCUCGGCUCGCUAAACGAGUACAUGUAUAGCUUUUCUGAGAUUCCCUCUUAGUUAUAUCAAGCAAUAUCAAAUAUUUGUCUUAUUCUCAAACUUAAAUGUACUCUGUAAACU